AUGUCCUCCUCCACAUCUUCAGUGGAAUCCGUGGAAGACGAAAGCUGCUCGAAUGAGUGCUCCGCUUCGUUCACGUUCGACACCAACAACAACAGUCGAGGCGACAACGAAGUGAGCGUAAGUUCGCGUCCAAAGUACGUCCGAGCCCACGUUUGCAUCUCAUUUUGCAGGAGCUUACUGAGGAAACUCACAUGAAACUGAGCAUCACUCCGACGCGCGAAUCAUUCUCAUUGAGUCAGUUGGAACGCAUGCAGACAAUCGGUGAGUUUGACGAGAAGACCCCCCCCCCCAGAGCAUUGUAAAAUCUCAUAGACUGAGAAAAAAACGGGAGUUUCCAGCGGGAUUUAGUAUCGAUUACAUGGUUUAGAAAGCAAAUAUAGUGUGUCUGAGGGAGACAGUUUCGAACUCUGGCCUCGUUUCCCAUUGAGUCGCGGUUAUAUAAACAACUGAUUUUUUCAACACAAUUCCGCGGAACUCGGGUUGAGCUUGAGUGUAUUUUAAGAAAGGUGCGAGUUGAAGGGCUCAGCGGGGGAAGCGAACGCCGCGGAUAUUUUCAGCUCUUCCUCAACCCGUUUUAGCUAUAAACAUUCAUGUCUUUGUGCCUGACGACUGGAGAUGCUCAGGUGACCAAUUCACUUGAAGUGUGAGCAAAUUGUUGAGCUUGUCGUUCCGAUUUUAUAUUAUUUUCGUUCUCUUUCGUAGUAUUCGAACAUUUUCUGAACCGCCUGCUAAUCCGAUUAGUCAACCUAUCAGUUGUACCGGAGGGAAAUGCAAUCCGACUGGCAAAGUACUCCGACUGUUCCCUCCGACCAAUGUUUACCAUGUUGAAAUGCUACCGUAUGACGUAGAGCAUUGUGUUCUUCACACCCGCAAAAUUAAUCAAACUAGCUGAGCAUUUGACGGGAAUAUUAGCGGUUGGGUGGGUAUUGAGAUCAAAUGAUCCUUCAUAAUGAAGUGUAAAAAAUAGGGACACAGGGAACAAAAAACCGAGGAAGAAAAGCAAAAUAAGUGAGCUAAAGAUUGAUAUCGUUUGCUUUUGCCCCCGUGACCCUGAUCCCUGACUUGAAAAACUGAAAGUCAAUCCUCAGAAGAACAUAAACAUCUGCCGAUCCUUGGAUUAGUCGGGGGUAAUCAUGUCACCGAAAGUUACAUCAGCUUUCCCAACCUAUGUUCUUUCAAUUCCGUUUCCGUUUCCGCCCUUUGCAAUCAACUUCCCGCCCGACAAAUCAUAUCUCUCGUUUGUGGUAAAAUGAGAAAAACUCCGAAACACAUGCAAAAUUUCUCAACGGCGGUGCAAACUAAUACGUGAACAGAGGAUGAUGACGACAGAAUGCACUCGCAGGCAGUGUAACGUUUCAAUCAUCCAUCCCGCGGAUGAGCCUUCUCCACAAUGCGAGACCGGGUGCCAAAAGGAUCGGGAGAAGAACUUGUCCGUAGUUGGAAACUUUUUCACUGAUCCUUCACGCCAAAUACACAUGCUUCGCUGGACAAACUUAUGUAUACAUGCCAACUCAAGAAUCUAUACAAAAAGUAGUACACGUGAAAAAUUUAUGAGUGCUACCAGCGAACCCUUUUUGUCGCUCCUUUUUCUUUCUUUUUUUGGCGGCACUACGUAUUCGUAUAGUGGACAAUUGAGAAACCCGAAACUGGGUGGACAAACUUCUUGAACCCGGAAAUUGGGAUUGGAAAGCAAUCGAAAAUGAAUGAAGUGUAGUAUUUCCGUAAAUCUUGAAAAAGAACAAUAGACAUUUGGAAUCUGUAGCCUACCGGCUAUUCUAUUCAAGUCUCACUCUCACUCACUCCAAAAAAACACUUCUGUUUCUUUUUUUCGUCUUUUGUCGCUAUUCAUCAUUUCCCCAGAGAAAUUCCUUUCGUUUUCGUAAUGUGGAGUCGCGAAGCUCCAUACUGCUCCGGGAAGAGCAGAAAAGUAAUGUGCGACACACGCAAAAAACUUUGAUGUGGCCACUUUUGAUGAAUGUGAGAGAAUGCGCCGGAUUUGAAGUGAAGAGCUUCCCGCUUUUGCAAGUUGCAAAAAAAAGGAAGUUUUUAGUUUUGGUGCUCUCCGAUAAUAUGCAAAUGACUAGAUUUUCCGUGUUCUUUAAAGAUGUUUAGUGGAUCACCUGGUCCGGUCCGGUCCACACUUAUUCAUCAUUUCCGUGUAAUUGUGUUUCAACAAGCGCCAAUAUCAAGAUGCCCAUCCACCUCGGGAAAGAGAGAGAGAGAAAGAGAGAGCGAGAUGAAAGCAGCGAGUUGUGAUGGGAAAAGAGGGACUCCCCCCGUCAUCCUGUGCAACAUUUAUCUGAUCAAUGAGCGGCAAAACUAUCUUGACCAGUGACCAUUGAGUAAAUGUUUUUGGUGGGGGAACAAACCGCUGAGAACAUCUUCUGAAAGUACGUGUUUUUCCAGGCAAAGGGACGUUCGGACGAGUGGAACUGGUCCGCGACAAGAUCACCGGAGCUCACUAUGCACUCAAAGUGCUCAACAUUCGUCGUGUCGUCGAUAUGCGUCAGACGCAGCACGUUCAUAAUGAGAAACGUGUUCUGCUUCAGCUGAAGCAUCCGUUCAUUGUAAAAAUGUGGGAUUUUGAAUCUAUGCGAAGAUUGUUACAAACAUUUUAUAGGUAUGCCAGCGAGAAAGACAAUAAUCACUUGUACAUGAUCAUGGAAUUCGUUCCCGGAGGCGAAAUGUUCUCAUAUUUGCGUGCUUCAAGGUGGAAAGGAUUAGAGUGAGCUUCAAAACAUGGAUUUUCUAUCUUACAGAGCUUUUUCGAACUCCAUGGCCCGCUUCUACGCCUCAGAGAUCGUCUGUGCCUUGGAGUACAUCCACUCGCUCGGAAUCGUAAGCAUCGGAAACAAUUUUCAGCUCAAUCCUCAUUUGUUCAGGUGUACCGUGAUCUGAAGCCAGAAAAUCUGAUGCUCACCAAAGAAGGUCACAUCAAAAUGGCUGAUUUUGGAUUUGCCAAAGAACUGCGUGACAGGUCAGUGUUAUUUUUCUUCAUUUCCACCUUAGUCCCACUCCUCAGUGAAUGCAAGUCAUUUCCUCGUUUUCUGUUCAUCUCCACUCUCUCCAAUCAAUCGUCAACAAUUGUUGUCUGACAACAAAAUGACCAGCGAGACGAUGAAAAACUAUUGAAAUGAUGUAGGCAGCAAGUGUGACGAGUGAUAUAAAUCAAUGAGCUGUGACUCGUCCCGCAUCUAUGUGGGUGGCUGUGGGGGAUGAUUGUUUUGAAGUUUGGCGCUUAGUGUUUUCAAGUAAUUGUGAUUGGUUCCAAUGAAAGAGGGGUCGAGGUUCAAAAACCGAUCAGACGGGGGCUAAAAAUACGCUCGCUGGGAUCUUAACGGCAUUUUAUUGGUUCUGGAGUCUGCUCCGAUCAAAAUAUUCGUUAGUAUCAAGUCACGUGUUACAUUUCCUCUCGAGUUAGGGGACUAGGCUCUUGUUUCUCGGACCAAUAUUCUUUGCUCUCGGACACAUGAAUUCGCAACACUUGCCGAGAAUUGGGAAAAGAUGCAAUAAAGCUUCCAGGGUCAAGUGAGCCAUCAGGAAACGCAAUUUUCUGAGCUCUAAACUUUUGACGUCAGAAAAGGGAUCUAGAUUUCACAAGAUUAUCGCUCCUUUUACAGAACGUACACAAUCUGCGGAACUCCGGAUUAUCUGGCUCCGGAGUCUCUGGCCAGAACGGGCCACAACAAAGGUGUCGAUUGGUGGGCGUUGGGAAUUCUGAUCUACGAGAUGAUGGUCGGAAAACCGCCAUUCCGUGGAAAGACCACAGCUGAAAUCUACGACGCCAUUAUCGAGCACAAGCUCAAGUUCCCGAGAAGCUUCAAUCUUGCCGCAAAGUAAUAAAUCUGCGAGAAUAUGAAUGCGAAAACUAAUGGGAUUGUUGAUUUCAGGGAUCUCGUCAAAAAAUUACUGGAAGUGGAUAGAACUCAACGUAUUGGAUGCAUGAAGAAUGGUACUCAGGACGUUAAAGAGCACAAAUGGUUCGAGAAAGUCAACUGGGAUGAUACUCUUCACCUUCGCGUUGAGGUAGACAAACAGUUGUUAGAAAUUGAAAAAAACUUCACAAUAUUCGUUCAGCCUCCCAUCGUUCCAACUCUCUACCAUCCCGGAGACACUGGUAAUUUCGACGACUACGAAGAGGAUGCGACCGGCGGACCCAUUUGCACUCAGCGUGAUCGUGAUCUUUUCGCCGAUUGGUGA